AGGGAAGGUGAGAACGAGGAGCACCACAGACCACCACCAUCAUGGCUGCCAGCGUCCUGGUGAAGACCUGCCUGCUGGGGGCCCUCGCCCUCCUCUCCACAGAGGUCGUAGCUGACACAAACCCAUGUGCUGCGACCGGCAUGACACCCUAUGACUACAGCCAGGCACUGUGCAUGUCGUUCGUGUUCUACGAGGCGCAGCGGUCGGGUCCUCUGCCAUCAAAUAACCGCGUCCCUUGGCGCGGCGACUCAGCCCUGAAUGACGGCUCUGAUGUGGGCCACGACCUUGUUGGUGGCUACUAUGACGCCGGCGACCUGGUCAAGUUCGGCUUCCCGGCGGCCUUCACCGUCACCAUGUUGUCCUGGGGCUACCUCGAGUUCACAAAUGGCUACAAUAGAGCGGGCCAGGCUGAGUACUUGAGGGCAACGAUCAAGUGGGCUACAGACUACUCCAUCAAGUGUCACACAAACUACGACGAGUACUAUGGCCAGGUCGGGAAUGGUCACAUUGACCACGCUCUGUGGGGCGCCCCGGAGUACAUGACCAUGGAGCGACCUUCCUACAAGAUCGACGAACAGAACCCAGGCACUGACCUGGCUGCUGAGGUUGCUGCCUCCUACGCCGCCGCCUCCUUGGUCUUCAAGGACGUGGACUCGGCCUACGCUAAUCAGCUGCUCACCUUGGCCAGGGAAUUAUACGAGUUCGCCGACAAAUUCCGACAGACCUACGACGUGUCCAUUCCUGACGCCUACGACUGGUACCGCUCUUGGAGUGGCUACGGAGACGAGCUGGUCUGGGCUGGUCUGUGGAUGUUCAAGGCUACGGGCGAUAACAACUACCUCACACGGGCUAGGGGCCAUUGGGCCGAGUUUAAUUUCCAGUACUCCGCGGCCUACCAGUUCUCCUGGGACGAUAAGAAGGCCGGAGUCUAUGCACUCUUCUGGCAGCUGGACGGCUCCCAGACCUACCUGGACCACCUCAACACCUACUUCAACUAUCUGAAGUACACAGCCCCUUACACCCCAGAGGGCCUGGUCUUCCUUGACGAGUGGGGCCCCAACAGACACGCCGCUAACGUGGCCUUCCUCCACCUCUGGGCUGCCAAAUACGGUGUUGAUGCCGAUGUAAACCGCCAGUGGGCCAGAGAACAGAUGAACCAGCUGCUGGGCGCCAACUCCCGCUACCAUACAUCCUUUGUCGUUGGCUUCGGUCCUAUUUACCCUCAGAGGCCCCACCACCGCGCUAGCUCGUGUCCGGAUCCCCCGGAGGUGUGCGAUUACGGGUGGGCGUACUCCCAGACGGGUCCCAACCCCCACGUCCUGUACGGCGGCCUAGUCGGCGGUCCUGCAGCGAACGGAGACUACUUCGACGACCGGACGCUGUAUGAGCAGAACGAGGUUGGUCUCGACUACAACGCCGCCUUCAGCGGUGCCCUUGCUGCCUUGGUUGAGAUCAGUUAAGUCCGUGAUGAACUGACCUGCUGGCUACUCCCAUGAACUCUGCUGAUGACUUCUGUCUUCUCUAUUGGUUUCUUCAGAUAACGAGGCAAACUAAGUGAUUCUGUGCAAUUGUUGAAUCGCAUACAUUGUCUUCUCGCUUGAAAUCAAUAAACGAUGCCUUCCAAA